AGAUUUAGCACGUAGGGGAUACACGUGCUAACAUGGACGCCAUCGAGUGCACAUGCCGAUCGCAUGACCAAUAACGUGGAUGAUUUUCGUGGUUAGUAGGACACAAUUCAUCAUCUUCAAACUUCUGGAUUAACGUCAGCCUAGAUGUCUGGGGAAAAGGUCACUCAAAAGCCGUAUGGGCUGAUACUUCCAAAGAGGACAACAAAGGUGACAUUAGAUGAGUUGGUACAGAGGCAGAGAAGAAAUGCAGCAACAUCUGUGUUCCGGGAUGAUGAAGAGGGGAGUGAGAAAGGUGCCAGUGGAAGUGAUGAUGAGAGUGCUGCUGUGGAACUCUCUGACUGGAGGAUGAAGACCCUCCUCUCUGCUCCUAAACAGAAAUCAAGAAUAAAGAAGCAAACUCAGCUGACCCUUGCAAAAGCCUUGGAAGAUGAUCCAACCGCUUUUCUUUAUGAUGAAGUUUAUGAUGAGAUUCAUGCAAGAAAACCUGACAAAAAGGAAGAUGAAAUGAAAGAUGAGAAAAAGAGUGAUGGUGAAAGAGCUGUGGAGAAGGCAAAGCCAAGAUAUAUUCAAGUCUUGCUCAAGACAGCAGAGCAUAGACUGAGAGAGAAGGAGCGUCGAACAGAAAGAAAGCUGCAGAAGGAAAGGGAAGCAGAAGGAGACCUAUAUGCAGACAAAGAAGCAUUUGUCACUGCAUCUUUCCGUAAAAAAAUGGAAGAAAUGGAAAUGGCUGAAGAACAAGAGAGACAUCAGCGUAUACUUGAAGAAAGAAAUGAUGUGAGGAAGCAAGAGGACCUGGGUAGCUUCUAUCGACACCUAUACAAGCAACAGUACAAUGAGGAAGAAGGCCAAAUCAAAGAUGAGAUGCAUGAGACAGCACCAACAGGCACUGUGAAGGAUAUAGAUGAUGAAAACAAAAUGAAGUCGAAACCUACAGGAAGACGGUAUAGGAAGAGAAAUGCUGAAGUUGACGACGAUGAUGAUGAUGAACAUCCAGAAGAGUUGUGUCCACCUAUAAGGAAGCAAAGAGAGGUGACAAGGGAUACAGGAGGAAUGAGGACAUUACAAGAAGAUGAAGAGAAUAAAGUAACCUGGAAGGAAAGUGGGGCAUUGAGGGAUGGUGAGGAAGACAAGGCAGGAGACCAGAAAAUAAGAACAGCCAUCAAAGAGGAGGCAGUAGAACUCCAUGAAGAUCUUGAUGCAGACAGUGAUAUUGAUAGUAGUGAGCAUGAAAAUGAGGAGACAAAAGUGUCUGCCUCUAUCAUGAGACCUUGGUGGCAGAAAAGGACUGUUGGUACAGUGUUUGAAGCAGCUCGUGCUCGUUUCCUCCAGAGACAGGCUCGAGCAUAGCCUCUUACUGGUCCCUCGUGAUGAUUGUUUUUCCAAUAUGCUUUGGUGAAGAUUACCCCACCCCUCAUUUACUGAAAUGUCUGGAAG